AUGGAUUACCAGUCUGGAAACACUGGCGGCGGUCGCGCCUGCUACAACUGUGGCGACACCACUCACCAGGCCCGCGAGUGCCCAACCAAGGGUAGCCCAACCUGCUACAACUGUGGUCAGACUGGCCAUCUCUCCCGUGAGUGCACUGAGCCUGCUAAGGACAAGGCUUGCUACAACUGCGGCGACCCCGGCCAUCUUUCCCGUGACUGCCCAACUGGUUCUGCUCCUCGCACCGGUGGUGGCUUCGGUGGCUCCUCCGGCGGCGGUGGUGGCGGCCAGGAGUGCUACAAGUGUGGUCAAGUUGGCCACAUCGCCCGUAACUGCUCCCAGGGUGGCGGGUAUGGCGGUGGAGGGUACGGCGGCGGCCGUGGCGGCUAUGGUGGUGGACGUGGCGGCUAUGGCGGAGGCGGGUACGGUGGUGGUCAAGGUGGCCAAAGCGGUCAGACCUGCUACUCGUGCGGUGGUUUCGGUCACUUGAGCCGCGACUGCACCCAAGGCCAGAAGUGCUACAACUGCGGCGAGGUCGGCCAUCUGUCCCGCGACUGCCCAUCCGAGGCCAGCAGCGAGCGCGUGUGCUACAAGUGCAAGCAGCCCGGCCACGUUCAGGCCAUGUGCCCGAACUGA